AUCGAUCACUAGCAGUUGAGUGUGAAACCUGGUCCAGUACGCUUGAAGUGUGAAGAUCUUCGGCCUGCCCGCCUUGACACAACUUUGUAUGCAGAAAAUGAGCAAGUUGAACGUUUUGGUGGUGUUGAUUGUGUUUGGGGCUACCUGCAACAGCUACGCGAUCGAUUGCAUGGACUUGUGGGACCAGGACAGUAUCAACGAGAUGCUCGAGGAUCGCCGACGAUACCAGCGGUCUUUGCCGGGUCACCACCAUCACGACGAUGAAGCGGAUCUUCUCGACUGUUGUGAAGAAGCGGAGGACGACGACGACGAUGGUGACGAUGGUGACAGUGACGAGGAAUGUUGCCACGAGGACUCAUCACAGGAGGAACCGUACCACGACGACGAACAUCGCCAUAAACGAGAGGUGCACGAAAUUGGAGCCUUGGAUGUAGAUGAUCCCGAGGCCGGCGCCUCCGACUUAGAAGCAGCCGAAACGCAUCUCUUCCGGCCGGUGUUCCGCUACAAGUCUCAGUACACCGAACGGCGCCGGGUGCGAACGGCCGCGGAUGGAAGUACCAAUUUCGCUCCUCCUCGACCAUAAUCGCUUGCAAAUGUCGUAUCCAUCUCUAUCGCCGUCAUCUGUAAAUUAUUCAUCUUACUGCGCAUCGCAAAAC